AUGGCGCACUUGCUUAGCGGCGCCUGCCCGGGGAAUAGGGAGCAGGCCAGAUGGUUCCUCAGAGUAGCGCGAGCGCAGACGGGGACGGCGAUCAGCAAAGUAGCGCAGGCGGCACCCGACUCCAAGGAUACGCUGAAGACGCUGAGAAUAGCGCAUGUCGCUGCGCUGAAGGGCUCACGCUAUAGGGUGCUGGAUGAGGACGGGUACGAUGCACUAGCACCAGCCGUCGGGGGGGUGUUGCCGGCGCUGGUAGAUGAUCUCCCGGAGAAGAGUCGGAGGGACCUUGGCGCCGGGGUCACGAGGAACUUGCAAGUCGUGGCCGACGCGGCGACGGGAGCGGUGCAGAGGUGGAUCCAGCUCAAUGAUGAGGCUACGGCGCGCAUAAUGAAGAGAGAGGAACACAUCGAGUGGAUGAGGAAGCUCUUCGCUGGGUGGAAGGAGGCUCGGCCGGCCUUGAGGGAGUCGCGGAGGAGGAGGGAUAAUGGAGGUAACGUGGGAACAGGCCAACAGCCAGUGGGACGAACGAGGGCCGCGACGGCGGCUCAAGCGGGAGGGAGCGGAGACGGUGGGCAGAGAGCAAAGUGGGUGAGACUGAUGAUGCUCCUUCGACUUAGGGAGCGGUUCAGAUGCUGGGCGGGCUUCAGGCUGGUGCUCACGCGAAAAGGAAUCGACGCGAUGUACAAAGCAUACAAGAAGGGGAGAAAGAAGAGGAGAGGCGCCAGUGAUGACGAAGCAGAAGCUAGUGCAGACGAGAGCAGGGCAGACCCGGGGACUGGGGAGCCGGAGCAGACGGCAUCGGCCGCCGAGGGAACGUUGGGAAGAGGCACGAGGAGGGCGGCGACUUCGACCGACUAUGGAGGACCCGUCGCCAGACGACGCAGGGCAGAAGACGGUGAGGCGGAGCAGACGCGCAGGGUGAGACGAGGGAGGGAGCAGGACUUUGCGGAGAUCAGCAGGAGGAUGUACGAAGAGAUUAGGAGCAGCAGGGACCCGAGGGACCAUGUGGAAGACGGCUAA